UCCCCUCCCCCGCGCGGUGGGGAAGAUGGCGGCUCCCGCUGCCGGCUCCGGCGUGGGGCGGCUGCAGGAGGAGGCGCUGCGGCGGAGGGAGCGGCUCAAGGCCUUGCGGAGCCGGACGGGGGCGCACAAGAUGUGUAAACUGAAGAACAGAAAGCAACUUGUCCGAAGUCACAGAGCAAGGAAUAGAAUCCAGAAUAAGGACAAUGGUGAACCUGAGAAUAAGCAGUUUAGAGAAGACGACGAAGAGGAUGGCACCAAACACAAGGAGCUCAAGCUGCGAAAUUAUGUUCCUGAAGAUGAAGAUCUCAAGAAAAGGAAGGUGCCUCAGGCCAAGCCAGCCUCAGUGGAAGAUAAGGUGAAAGACCAACUAGAAGCCGCGAAGCCAGAGCCUAUCAUUGAAGAAGUGGAUUUGGCAAACCUCGCCCCCAGAAAGCCAGACUGGGAUUUAAAGCGAGACGUAGCCAAGAAACUGGAAAAACUGGAGAAGAGAACACAAAGGGCAAUUGCUGAAUUGAUAAGAGAGCGAUUGAGAGGCCAAGAGGAAGAACUGGCAUCAGCUGUUGGAUCAGCAAAGCAGGAAGGAAGUGAUUCUGAUUAAAGAGUACAGCUGAGUACAUGGCAGAACUAUGUAAUAUACAAGAGGGGCUGGUGAGCUGUCGUCACUUAAACAGAUGGGGGGUGGAGCCUCCCAUUGCAUGGAGGCUUUGUGGAGGGCAAGAAGAAACCAAUGACUGUACAAAAGAAUCCCGAAAUGGCUGUGCAGCUGGAGAGCUUUCUGCAUGGUCACUAAAAACAGCCUCGCCUGCAUUCUAGCAGACAGAUUCAUGUACGAUUCAUAUUGUUCCCUUUUACUUUCUGAUCCCCCCACAUACAGGAGCUUGUGGAGCAUGUGCUGUAUCGGUGGGUUUUGUUAUAGGUAAAACUGGGCUGCAACAAGUAUUUUUUUCAUAAUAAAAUGACCUGGCAACGGUGCAAAAUGUC